UAUCUGAUCAGUGCCUGUAGCACUCUGGAGUGUUUCCAGAAGUCACAUGACUCUCCACCAGUGUCAAAACAAGCCUGAGAGGUCAUAAGCAAGAAGGGGCAAAGGUUGGUGACUAGCUCGGCAAGCAGCGGGAAGAAUAGUGGAUGGUGGCAGGAGGAGCUGAAGAGAUAGCUGGAAGAUUUGAAAAGGCCAGAGGAUUGAAACAAGACAAUGGAUUGGGGAGCUCUGCAUACCAUUUUGGGAGGUGUAAAUAAGCACUCCACCAGUAUUGGGAAGAUAUGGCUCACAGUCCUGUUCAUCUUCCGUAUCAUGAUCCUGGUUGUGGCUGCAGAGAGAGUCUGGGGAGAUGAACAAGAUGACUUUGUCUGCAACACACUUCAGCCUGGCUGCAGAAAUGUGUGCUAUGACCACUUUUUCCCCAUCUCUCACAUCAGACUCUGGGCCCUGCAGCUGAUCUUUGUCUCCACACCUGCGCUGCUGGUGGCCAUGCACGUGGCCUACAGGAGGCACGAGAAGAAAAGGCAGUUCAGAAAGGGAGACCAGAAAUGCGAAUACAAGGACAUUGAAGAAAUCCGAAGACAGAGGUUUCGUAUUGAGGGCUCCUUGUGGUGGACGUACACCAGCAGCAUCUUUUUCAGACUGAUCUUUGAGGCUGUCUUCAUGUAUGCGUUUUAUUUCAUGUAUGAUGGGUUCCGAAUGCCUCGCUUGAUGAAGUGCAGUGCUUGGCCCUGCCCCAACACGGUAGACUGCUUUGUCUCUCGACCUACUGAAAAGACAGUGUUUACUAUUUUCAUGAUCGCUGUGUCCAGCAUUUGCAUUCUGUUAAAUGUGGCUGAAUUAUGUUACUUACUGACAAAGUUUUUCCUCAGAAGGUCUAAGAAAGCUGGAAAUUCAAAACAGCAACCCAACCAUGAGAAUAAGGAAGAAACCAAACAAAACGAAAUGAAUGAGUUGAUAUCUGAUAGCUGUCAGAACACAGUUAUAGGGUUUUCAAGUAGCUAAGGUGGUGUCAGUGCUGAUGCUCACUCUUUUUGGAGUGAAUGUUUUAUUUAGAGGCUGCAAAUGAAAUUUGUUACAUGAAACACAGUUGGGUGAGACUUUGUGUAGUAUCAGAUGUAAAGUAUGUAAAUGUCUGGAAAAAGUCAGGGAAGCCUAAACAUGUGAAAAUUCCGUGAGGAUUAAAUAGGAAAGUACACUUUCCUAUGAGUACCCUUACAAGCUGACUGACAAGUGGGAAGCCCACCACUUACCUUCAUGCUGACCCGUGAAAACUAAAUGCAACAGCAAUAAGAACAAAAUUCGUUCCAAGCUAGGUAUUCUAGUAUUAAAAGAUGUUUUGUAAUAGUGAUAGUUUUUACUUGUGAACUGACAAUUAAAAUAUUUUUCUAAAAUCUAAGAUUCCAUGUUACUUAAGGUGUUAUAGUAUGCAACUGAUUGUGUUUUGUUUCUCAACCAGGCAUAUGCAGAGGAACCCUGUAACACCAUGUUCAUAUGGAGGAGACAGCAAUAGGGUACAUCUUUACAGCUUUGCAAGUGCUGCUUGAGUCUGGCCAGGUAGUUUGAGAUGCUUGCAUACACACUGAUGGCUGUAGAGGAAGUUGUAUGAAAGGUAGCUAGAUCCUGAGUGCAAAGUCAUGCCUAAAAUCAGCAUGAGAAUAUAGAUACAGCCUAUGUAGGCUUGCUUUAAACAUCUAGCAGACCUGGUAAUCUUGCUGAUCUUUUAAUUGCAUACUGCCAGUUUUAUAGCAACUUACAUAACUUAAUGUAGAUGUUUAUUUCUCUAAUGUAUUAGCUGUAUGUGUUUAUGCUAUAUCACAUCAUGGAACUUUUUUGGUUUUGAUUUGUUCUGCUUUUUUUGUGCUUGACUGAUGGUGCUGUUCUGAGACUAGAGGCUAUCUGGUUUCAAGGACAUGGGAAAGUAUUACUGGAAAUGGAGCAAGUUUUCUGAAUAAAAGGCAAACACUUCAACCUUU